AUUUCUCCAGGGAAGGGAGAGAAGUCUUUUUGUCCUCUCGGCGAGUCGAGCCGCCUUCGGUCACACCCUUCCCCGCCUGGCCCCCUCCCGCUCUGCCCGCCAUGUUCUGGAGGAGGGGAGCUCGGUGUUAGCUGGCUUAGCAUAGCAACACAUAGCUACGCGGAGGCGCAACAAGCUCGUCCCGACGCCAAAAUAAGUACAUUGUGUUAACAUUUUCCUUGGAAUCGCAGAUUCUCACAUAUGGGUUUACAGCUCGGGAUACACAGGAGACCAUAAAGUAACGCGAAAGAAGUGGUGAUGGCGUGGUGUUGUGUGCAGCCAGCACUUUGUGUGUGGAGAUGGUUUUAACAGACGCUGUUGUGGAGGACUCACGAACACCACUCUGGGCUGGAGAAGCCUCAUAACCACAGAACACACAUAUUCAAAGAACACACACCUUCACACAUACGCCCAUUUACACGUAUGCACGCCACUGCCGUGCCGUGAAAACGGACACAGACGCACGGACAAAAAUCAGAAGCCUCAUCUGAAACACACACACAUUUACACCCUUUGUGUGUGUGUGUGUGUUAGACUCUCUACCCGAACUCUCGGGAGUCCUAACUCCUCUGCUGUGUGAGAGUUUACAGAGUGUUUCUUCCCUGUGUCUCAUCGCCACACUGCCACCAUGGCAAGCUCCACCAUCCGCCGCCAGAUGAAAAACAUGGUCAACAACUACUCGGACGCCGAGAAGAAGGUGCGGGAGGCCACUUCCAAUGACCCCUGGGGCCCUUCGUCCUCGCUCAUGUCCGAGAUCGCCGACCUUACCUACAAUGUGGUAGCCUUCAGUGAGAUCAUGAGUAUGAUCUGGAAACGGCUCAACGAUCACGGCAAGAACUGGCGCCAUGUCUACAAGGCGCUCACCUUGCUUGACUACUUGAUCAAGACAGGCUCGGAGCGUGUGGCGCUGCAGUGCAAGGAGAACAUCUUCGCCAUCCAGACACUAAAGGACUUCCAGUACAUUGACCGAGACGGCAAGGACCAGGGCAUCAACGUCAGGGAGAAGAGCAAGCAGCUGGUUGUCCUGCUCAAAGACGAGGAUCGGCUCAAAGGAGAGAGGUCUCAGGCUCUGAAGACCAAAGAGCGCAUGGCCCAGGUGUCCACUGGGGGCAGUCAGAUGGGAUUCGGACGUGGCUCGUCCCAACCUAACCUCUCCACCUCCUACAGUGAAGAGUACGGCCGGUCAGAGGGCUCACCUGCUUCCUACCACGGCUCCACGUCUCCCAAUGCGGGCUCAGAGCUGGAGCAGGCCAGACCUCAGACCAGUGGAGAGGAGGAGCUACAGCUGCAACUGGCCCUUGCCAUGAGCAGAGAGGCUGCAGAGCAGGAGGAGCGUAUGCGCAGAGGAGACGACCUGAGACUACAGAUGGCCCUAGAGGAGAGCAAGAAGGAGGGACCAGGCUCGGGGAAACUGGCCAAGAAGAAGAAAGAGCCUCAGUCCUCUCUGAUGGAUCUGAUGGACGUUCCGGAGCCGGGCUCCGGGGCCGACCCCUGGGGUGCUGGGGCCGCUGCCGGCACAACAGACCCCUGGCAGUCUUAUGGGGCUGCCCCUAAGCCAGCAGUGCCAGUGGAUCCCUGGGGCGCUCCUCCUUCUGUUCCACCCAUUAAGAACAAUGAUCCUUGGGGGUCCAACUCCACUCCUGCCUCUGAUCCCUGGAGCUCCACAGCCACCCGCCCCAAGACCUCCAACACAGGUAGCUUUGACCUGUUCAGUGCGUCCAACGGUACGUCUAAAGAGGACUUCUCAGAGUUUGACAGCCUGCGCUCUUCCUCCUCUGUCCCCACUGGUGAUGUGGGCGUAGCGUCGUCUGUCCCCUCCCAGGCCAGUUUAGCCAGCAGCAGCAGCCUGGACCUGUUUGACCCCUUGCCCACCUCCAGCAGCACCACCAACCCCACCAGAAAGACCCCCGAGUCCUUCCUCGGUCCCAACGCAGCCCUGGUCAAUCUGGACUCUCUGGUUACCAAACCAGCCCAGCCCGCACCGGCAGUCAACCCUUUCUUGGCGUCAACAGGCAGCUCAGCUCCAGCAGCCCAGGCCAACCCCUUCCAGGUGAGCCAGCCGGCUCCCCCCACCCUGAACCAGAUGCGGGUCAGCCCCAUGCCCUCAGGCUUCAUGUCCUCCAUGGCCGACCCCAUGCCGCUUGCCUCCAUGCCCCCGCAGCCCAUCACCGUGGUCCCACUGGCAGGGCUGGCCCCCAUGGGCCGCAUGAUGCCCGGCAUGGGGGUCAGUGCCACAGGAGGGAUGGGAAUGGGUGUGGGCAUCCCGGCCUCCAUGCCCCAGCCGCUGGUCAGCACCGCCAUGCCCCCCCAGGCUGGGACGCAGCCCCCCGGAACCACCAACCCUUUCCUGUUGUGAGGGGCUGAGUAGAGGGACGACUUGCCCCGCCGUUCUCCCCCUUUCUCUCUCUCUCUCUCUCUCUCUCUCUCUCUUUCACUCUCUCUCUUCCACUGUGGCUCCCGAAAGAAGAAGCUCUAAGACAAACAGGGAGACGUCUUUCCUGUUCCUCCUUUUAUAACCGACCCCCAGCCAGGCUGUAGUCCCGAACUGGCCUCCCCUUCCUCCUCCUCCUCCUCCUCUCUCUCUUUCUAUGCUAUAAGCUGCCUAGUCCUGUGUGUUCCAUAUCGAUCUGAUGAUGAUCUUGUUCUCGACGACCACAAAGAACGUUUGCGUCUCUCUACAGACUUACCGGAGUAGCAGUGGUGUUUACAGUUUUUACAUGGAGGCAGCACGGGACCUACUCUCCUGCCCACCCCCCCCUCAUUCCCUAACCUCCUCUCCUUUGCUCUUUCUCACCUCCUCCUCCUACUCUUCCUCCGGUCCUUUAGAAUUGCUCCUUUCUUUUUCUAUGGAGGAGUGUAGACAUUUGUGACAGGAGAGUCUGACUCUACUAACGCCAGGAACUUUAUCUCUUCACUAGAGCUAACCUUUUAUAAGCCCUGUCAGCUGGUGUGUGUGUGAGAGUGUGUGUUUGUGUGUGAGCGCGUAUCUGAGUACUUUGACACUGUGUAUAUUCCAGCGGGUUUCACUUAACCUGCACUGGAGUAAGGACGAGAGAGACGGUCAGAUACGCGUGUGUGUCUGCUUUGUGUGUGUGUGUGUGUGAGUGUGUGUGUGUGUCACAAAGCAGGGAUUUUGCACACUUGGCUUUUUUUCUCUCUUUUUUUUUUUUUCUUUCUGUGACUGUUGGGCUCACCAUUAGACCUUAGCUUUGGGGAGAGAGGCUCGCCGAGACGCCACGUGCCACCCGCCGCCUCGGUUCUCGGUACCACUUAGUCACAACUCUUCGUCAGGUCGCCUCCCUUUCACCCUUUGACCUUCUCCGGGCCCCCCCCCACGUGAACUUUGACCUUCAGGGGUCGCGGGAUGAACUCUGGUCAAAGGCGAGACCGCUGUCCUUUAGAGGAUGUGUGUAUGCAACUUCAGUGUGUGGGUGCGAGUGUGUGUUUGCUGAUAAUAUCUGUCAGUCUCUCGUCUCUCCCUUUGAGAGUGUUUUGAGAAGACAACACAUUGGCCAGAAUUUUUUUUUUUUUUUUUUUAAGGUUCAAAGGGAAGAGGGAGGGGUUGGGGUGUGUGUGUGUGUGUGUGUGUGUGUGUGUGUGUGAGAGAGAGAGAGUGAGUGAUACAUUUAGCUUCCAAGUGUACUUUAAAUUUCUCCUACAGCAAAGUGGAAGAGAGAGUUAGAGAAGACACUGUUUCACUGGCACACACACACACACACACACACACACACACACACACACACACACACACACACAAAUCACAGGGGUAGUGUAGGUAUUUGAAACCUUGAGUGUAUGUGUGCGCGCAGCCACAUAUUGAGGGCCGUUACCACGGCGACAGGGUUGCAAAGAAAGCUUGCGGUUUAAAGGGCACGUCAGCCCGUCAGCAUCAUGGGAGAGAUUUCUGCUCCUGGUGGAUUUACUGUGGCUAAUCUGCCUGCAAGAACAUUAGCCAGCGGACACACACACACUCACACACACACACACACACACACACACACACGGAGUGAGUUGCUUUGAAUUGGUCUAUUGAUAGCACAGGGAAUCCCACAGCAAACAACCUGGCAUCAUGUAAACAAACAUUUGUUUUUUUUUUGUUUAUUAUUAUUAUUAUUAUUUUUUUUGGUUGAUAUUUUACUCCUUAGAUGUAAAUCCAUAGCCGAGCCCUUUUCUGAGUUUUGGAGCUGUGUACUAGCUAAACCAUGUAUCACCUUCACCCUCUGUCUUUGUUACGUUUUUCUAGUUGUUUCUCCCUAUGGGUAGCCUUUCUAUUUCUCUCAUCUAGAAGCACAACUGUUACCAAAGUCAUAGCGACUGUGAGUUCUGAGACGUCGUUCUGCGAUGAGGUCACACUGAAAUAAAACUUGUCAAGGUUUUUAGGUGCUCUUCAUAUCAAAGAGUCGCCUUUGGGUUUUUUUUUUUUUUGUUUGUUUGUUUUUUUUCCAGCUAUUUCGCAGUUGCUUGGGGGUUCAUGUAAGGUAAAGCGAGGCUCGUUUUGGCUGAACAUCAGAACGGCGGUGGCACCAAGCUGAGCAUUUCUGUCUGGUCUGUGAGUCGAUAAAAGUGGAAUGAUGUAAGUCACGCUGCUUCUGAUGAUGAAAUGGCCCCGGCUGAUAGACCCUCACCUUGUUCUCUCCCCCUCUUCCGUUCAUAUCACUGCCAAUGUUGUAACUGUGGAAAAGGGUGUGUGUGAAAUCAAUGUUUCCCUCUUUUGGUGUGAGCUGGCGCCCUCUCCUGGUCUGUUGUGGUAUGAUAGCUGCGCCGCAGGACCCUUCAUAUUUCCGUUUCUCUCAGGCAAAGGGAGGGGCAGCUUGAACUGUGUGUAUGAUGAUGAUGAUGAUGCUGAGGAUGAUGAUGAUGAUGAUUCUGUGUGGGGUCCUGAACGAAUGGAUGCAACACUUCCUCGCAGACCAGCAAACAUUUUAUUCUUACCUGAAUAUAUGCAAAAAUUGGAGUUUGGAAAAGCAAAGGAAAACGAUAAAAAAAAAGACUUUAACGCUUGACGUGUGUUGUUGUGCAAACUUAGUUUUGCUGAUACAGAGUCUUGUUUAUUGAGAUGCUACUAUGAUAUCCUAGCUAAGACAGUGUGUCUGUUACUUCCUCACUGGCCUUGAUUUCACUGCGGCCUCACAUCCCAGUUUCACUCCAGCGGUUGUGGAACAGCUCAUGUUGCCACCCAAGUAGCAGAAAAACAGAUGACUAAAAACAACUACCUUACAAACUCAGCCAACUCUAAGCACUCUGAAACUGUUCGGAGGACACUUCACUUGAAGCCUCACUCCUGGUCCCGGGGCAGCAGUUUCACAACCGUGGCAUCUGGUGCAGUGAAAACGUGGCCUGUGUGUAGCUAGCUCCUCUCCGUGUUACUAUGUAUUCACUAUGCUUUUAUCAAGAGGACUAACUGACAUUAUGGACUGUCUCUGUCUCUUCAUAUGCAUAAACAGCCUCCUUUAUUUUUUUUUUUUUCAUGUUUCUGUCUAUUUACCCUUCUCAUAGUACUGGGAGCAGGCUGCUUUUUUUUUAUUGGAUAUGUGCUCAACUCGUUGGCAUUAUAACUGUAUAAUAUAAUUUAUCAUUUGUACUAUUGUAACAUACUGUUCUUCUGUAUACCUUAUUAUUCUGUGUAAUGGGUUUUUGUAGGAAAUUCACCGUGGUAUUUUAACAGCAUCUAAAAAAACCGAGCGCAGCGGGCCACAAACAGCGAUGGAUGACUAUGACAACUGUAGCUGCAUUGGUUCAAAAUAAAAUGUGUAUCACUUCAGCUCUGUUA